AAAAAAUUAAAAGUAAAAAAAAACCAAUCACAAUAGAGAGAAGGGGGAUGAAAAAAGGUAAAUGAAAAGUAAAUGACCCCUUCUUCCUCUUCUUCUUUGUCCUCUUUUUUUUCUCCUUCCUAUUCUAGGUAAACAGAGUAGUACUCUGAAUUUCUACCUUCUCCUUCCUCACCAAUGGAGCAACGCCUCCCUGAAAAUUUUGGGAGCUUCUCCAGAACCUGUAAUGGUGACAUCCCAACUCUCUCCGUCCACGAUUCCCCUGUUACCACAUCCGGUGUCGCAUCUAUGGGUGAUUUCUCACCGUCACACUCCUUCGACUCCUUGGAUGAGGUUGACAAAUUCCUUGAAGUCCUUUCGCAAUCUCACGAAGCCAAGUCAGAUCCCCCACCGGUCCCCGAUGUCGUCGAGUCUCUCUUCAAAAACGUCGAGACUAUCAUCAGCAAUUAUGACAAAUCGAACUCCAAAUUUGGCCAAGACGAGAAAGAAGACGCGUCCCUUGUUUCACAUCUCAACCGUUUAUCAAAGCUGAUCAAAAUCCUUGGCGACUUCUCCACUGCUGAAUCUGACCUCGUCGCCACGUUCAACCGGGCUAGCACGAUCCAACACCUCGCUAUGUGCUUCCUCGAUAGUGAGUUUCGCACCGUUCUCAACUCCUUCAAGCGAUCAUCCUCGUUCACCACCGGAAACUGUGUGCCUGACUCAGGCGCCGGUCCUCCUCCUCCAAUGUCAUCCAAACAGUCAUCCUUCUCACGGAAUUGCCACGAAUCAAACAACCAGAUAUCUGAUUCUGAAAACUCCACAGAUGAGGACGAUUUCCCGGGGUACCAACCGGAAGAGAUCUACAACAUGAGUAAAAUCGCCGCAGCGAUGAUCUCCUCUGGCUACCAAUCAGAAUGUUGUUUGGUAUACGGGUCUGUUCGGCGGAUCGCUCUCAACAACAAAUUAGAAAAACUUGGUCAUGUUAAUCUCAGUGCCGAGGAAAUUAACAAGAUGGAUUGGGAGACCCUAGAGGGAGAAAUUGCUGCCGCAAUCGACGUCAUCCGUCGGUGCUCUUCCGUUCUCUUCUCCGUCGAGAGAAACCUCUGCAACGCAGUCUUCCAAAACCACCCUUCCAUCUACACAGAGAUCUUUAGUGACUUAGCUUCCAACGUAAUUGACCGAUUCUUCAAUUUUGCUAAUGCGAUCACCCUUACCAAGUGCUCUGCCGAGAAGCUCUUCAAGUUCCUUGACAUCUACGAAACUCUACGAGAUCUCGGAUCAGAGAUCGAGAACCUCUCUCCCAUAGUCAAAUCCGAGAUCUACGAUACCAUAAUUCGCUUAGGGCAAGCUGCCGUAUCCAUGUUUUGCGAUCUCGAAAACUCAAUCCGUCGUGAUGUCAGCCGAACUCCAGUCCCCAGCGGUGCAGUCCACCCUUUGACACGAUACACCAUGAAUUAUCUCAAGUACGCAUGUGAGUAUAAAGACACCCUCGAGCAAGUGUUUUUACAAAAGCAAAAAACCGAAGGAGAAAAUUGGGAUUCAUCAUCUUCCAAAUCUGACGACUCUGGGUCCAAAUCUGGAUCUGGAUCCGUCGGGGGAGCGAAUGAGGAUGGCACGCCAAAAACUUCACCAUUUUCUAUUCAACUAAACACAGUUAUGGAUCUCCUUGAUGAAAAUUUGGAGAUGAAGUCGAAUUUGUACAAAGAUCCAGCAUUGAGGAACAUUUUUCUCAUGAAUAAUGGCAGGUACAUCUUACAAAAGAUUAAGAGUUCGACGGAGAUUCAUGACAUGAUGGGAGUGACGUGGUGUCGACGGCGGUCGUCUGAUCUGAGAAAAUACCAUAAAGGGUAUACUAGAGAGACUUGGGGCAGAGUUUUGCAAUGUUUAAGGCACGACGGGAUUCAGGUGAAUGGAAAAAUGGCAAAGGCGGUGGUUAAGGAGAGGUUCAAAAUGUUUAACAAUGCAAUCGAGGAUAUACACAAAACCCAAAGCACAUGGGUUGUGAGCGAUGAACAGAUGCAGUCAGAGUUGCGGGUGUCAGUGUCAGCGGUGGUUAUUCCGGCAUACAGAUCGUUCUUAGGAAGGUUUCAACAAUGCUUGACGCAUGGGAGGCAGACAGAAAAGUAUAUAAAGUAUCAGCCAGAGGAUAUUGAAAACUUGAUUGAAGGGUUGUUUGAUGGGAACCCGACCUCCAUGGCGAGGAAGAAGACAUGAGUGAGGACGAGAAAAUGGAGCGGCGAAAUUGAGAAUACUUAUUAUUAAAGAUGAGUUAUGAAAAUGUAAAAUGUGAUGAUGAACAUAGGGUUGGCGCCAUUUUUCAGGAAGAAAAUAUGAGUGAUUUUUUUAAUUUCUUUAAAAAAUUUUAAUUGUGUAUUUUGUGGGUUUUGGUGUUUUGAAUGUGAUUAACUGACCCUGUGAUUGUAAGUAUUAGAAGAAGAAAACAAAAACAAAUUUUGUUGAGUAUAAUCAUGUACUAAUUUAACAUUAAUACUGUUUUUUAUUUUUCAUUUUUUUCCUACCCCACUCUGUUGUACUUUUUAGUGUUUCAUUGCUAAUCCUUUUAUCUUUUCAUUGCGUU